AUGGCCAUGCUGAACAUAUUCAGGCUAUUAGGGGACUUAUCCCACCUUGCAUCCAUCUUCAUCCUCCUCCACAAAAUCCAAACAUCCCGGUCAUGUCGAGGAAUUUCCUUCAAGACUCAAGUGCUUUACGUCGUCGUGUUCUGCACACGUUACCUCGAUCUGCUCACUUUCCAAUUGCACUCUUUCUACAACACGAUUAUGAAAAUAUUCUUCAUCGGAUCGAGUGUCUACAUCCUCUACCUCAUGCGUAUCCGUUUCCGACCAACGAACGACCCUAGCAUCGACACUUUCCGGAUCGAAUACCUCCUCGGCCCAUGCGCAGUCCUUAGCCUGAUCUUCAACUAUGGUUACAACUGGAUAGAGAUCCCCUGGAGCUUCUCCAUCUUCCUUGAGAGCGUGGCAAUCCUCCCUCAGCUUUUCAUGCUGCAGAGGACAGGUGAAGCUGAGGCAAUCACAACGCAUUACAUUGCCGCCCUUGGUGCCUAUCGUGCAUUGUACAUCCCCAACUGGAUCUAUCGCUACUUGACCGAGACCAACGGGGUGGAUGCAAUUGCUGUGGUUGCUGGGAUCGUACAAACGGGGCUGUAUGUUGACUUCGGCUACAUCUACUUCACCAAGGUUCUUCAAGGCCAGAAGUUUGAGCUUCCGGCAUGAGCAUAGAACCAGCGCGGACGUGUAUAAACCCAAACCAAAAUAUAUCGGGCAGACGUAGCGCGACGAUACGAACUCAAACACUGUACUGUUG